UUGAAAUUGAACAAUAUAAUGAACGAUAUAACAUGUGACAUUGCAUUAAUAUACUUUAUUUACAUUAUCUCGCGUCAUCUAUAUUAGUUAGGUUAGGUUAUGUCAGAUGGACAGUUGGCACAUUGUCACAUUACGACACGUUACUUGCUAGCGUAACAGUCUUACCAAAAAUUCAUAAUAAUGUUCAAAUUUAUAAUACAGAUUAAUGUUACGUCAAAACAUUGCGUUGUUACCACAGCAUUUUUGUUAUAGUGUAAUGAGCAAAAACAUCAUAUCUCAUGGAUUGUUCACACAAUUUUUCGAUAAAAAUAUUUCGUCCGAUUUCCCUGAUAAAGCCAAGAGAAUUUUCAUUGUAUUGUGAUAUUGUAUAUGAUGUUACUGCCAUUUGUUGACAGAUUAAAUGGGUCAAUUUCAUAACACUACCAUGACUUCUACUCGUGUAACAUUUGACGAAAAAGGCGAUAAUGGACUUGUCCUCUGUGACAAAUAUAUUCCUGCUGAACUAUUGAUGGAAAUCUUCUGUAACGCCAAUAUCAAAACCUUGUUAAAUUGUCAAUUAGUAUGCAAACGCUGGAAAAUGCUGAUACAAAGUUAUGUUUGGCGCAAGAAAGCAGAAUUGGCACUGGCCAAGUCACUUCCUCGACAUCAGGAUAUGCAUUGGAGCGUAUUCUAUUUAAUAUGCAAGAAAAAACCAUUUGAGAGAAAUUUGAUAAAAAAUCAUUCCGGAGAACAUAAAAACAUUGGAAUUCAUUGGCAAAUUGUCAAACAAGGUGGGGAUCACUGGAUAGUUGAGAAUCCACCUAUAGGUGUACCAGAGUUACCAUUGACAGAACCAGUAUUUGAAGGGAAACAAAGUUGUUUUGUGACAUCUUAUAAUCUUUGUUUAAAAAUACAAGAAAUAGAUCUAAUAGCUGAGGGAUUAACUCCAUAUGUACUAGAUGUGUUGCAACCACCUAUAAAGGUGAGUGAAUGGUAUAGCUGUCGGUGGGAUUGUCCAGCAAUCUAUGAAUGUCAAUUUAAGUUAUUAAGAGAAACUAAUAUUGAAUGCUCGCCACUAGAUGUGUUUGAAAUAUAUGAAGACUUAGAGGGGGAAAAACAGAAUAAGUGGUUUUGUGCCUCACAUAUAUUCAAAGAUUAUGGACCUGGUGUCAGAAAAAUCGGUUUUAUUCAUGGUGGAAAAGAUAAAUCAUUUUGGGCAGGACACUAUGGUAGUAAAAUGGCUGGUGCAUGUGUUUGUGUAAUGGUCCCACCAGUUGUCCAGUAUAAUCAUGAUAAGAGUACAACAACGCCCGAUAAGUAAUAUUCAUUUCAUCAUCAAUAACACAAACAUUACAAAUUAGCUUUCUUAUUCUCAAAAUGUUUUACUUAAAAAUUAAAUAUUCUAAAUAAUUAUACAAAAUUCUCCUUUCUUUAGUAACUUUCUCUUAAAUAAUUCUCUUUCUUUAGUAACUUGUUGCAUUUAUAUUUUCACAAAACAAUUGUAUCAUAAUAACUUAUAUUUCUUGCAAGUAUUUUAUAUAUCUGUU